UAUGUGCUCUCCUGCCAGUCCCAAAAUCCUGUACAGGAACCCCCGGUUUCUCCGGUUGGCUUUCCUGCAGCUUCAUCACCAGCAGCAGAGUGGGGUGUUCUGUGAUGUCCUUCUGCAGGCAGAAGGUGAGGCAGUCCCAGCACACUGCUGCAUCCUGUCAGCCUGUAGUCCUUUCUUCACAGAGCGCCUGGAGCGGGAGAGGCCAGCCCAGGGCCGGAAGGUGGUGCUGGAGCUAGGGGGCCUGAAGAUCAGGACACUUAGGAAGCUGGUAGACUUCCUAUACACCUCAGAGAUGGAAGUAUCUCGAGAAGAAGCCCAGGAUGUGCUUUCUGCUGCCCGUCAGCUCCGUGUUUCUGAGCUAGAAUCUCUUCAGCUAGAGGGAGGAAAGUUGGUAAAGGCCCCACAGGGCCGAAGACUGAACCGAGAAUGCCUACAGCCACCAAGUCCUGCACCAAUCUCUGCCAGAGUGGUAGCACCCAGCCGCCGCCCUCGAACUCCACUGCCUGUUACUCCAACUCCCUGUCCUCUUGGAGCAGUAAGACUGAAGUCCUCGGGGAAUGAAGAGAGAUCUCAGGAGAGAAGCAACCGACAGAAUGCAGAGGCCUUGUCUGGCACUCUUUUGCUGAAGAGAAAGGCCAGAGCCUACCCAAUGCCACAUGAAAAAAGCUCUUCACCAUCAAGCCACAGUCAGGGGUAUAAGGAAAACAAAAAUGACUCUACCCUUGGCUCUGCAGCACUUUCUCCACCUAGCUCCUACCCCUCCGUGGAUGAGCGACUAUUGCCCAGAAAGAUCAGGCUAAGUCGCUCAAAGCCAUCUCCUGAUGUCUGUAUCUCAAAGCCUUCCAGCAUUUUAAGUGGACCCAGCUCAGUGCCCACAGCCCCUGGCCGACGUCUUUGGCGGCAGAAAAGUGUAAGUAAAGCAGCACCAGAGGACAAGCAGAAACCAGGAACCAGUCCUUUACAAAGCACCCCAAGUCCAUCUGGUCUUGGAAAGACAGGUGGGAGCAAGAAGCGGAGUCCUGAAGUCAGGGGACCCCACUCUGACUCUGUAGAGGAGGGGCAGGUUGGGAGAGUGAAACUUCGUAAGAUUGUCAAUGGGACCUGCUGGGAGGUGGUACAAGAGCCUCCUCUCAGAAACUCUCAAGAUAGCUUUCAGCUCCCAGAAGCUAGAAGAGACUUAAAAGAGCCUCCAGAGACUCAUCUAUCCUCAGUUAAUGAGCAGGAAAUGUCAACUGCUAGAACAGAACCAUGUCAGGACUUCCCCGGGUGUUCUAGGCUACAAGACAUACUGCUCUCUGCCAGCCACUCUCCAGAUCACCCAGUGAUGAAGUCCAAGUUUGGGUCCAGUCCAGAACUGGUAGGGAAGGAACCUGUGCUGGACAUUGACUGCAGAGAGCCCUAUACAUUUGACACAGCACUGCUUGGGCAGCCCUGUGAGGCUGAGGAAUACCGAAUCACAAGUGCUGCUGCAACUAGUGAGCUAGAGGAAAUCCUGGACUUCAUGCUCUGUGGCUCAGACAUCGAGCCCCCCAUAGGAUCUCUAGAGAGUCCAGAGGCUGAGGGCUGCACAACUCCUAAUUAUCACCUGACAGAAACAGGAAAGGACUGGAUUGAAGGGGAAGAAUGGUGUUUGCCAGAUAUGGAACUCUGGCCCAAGGAGCUCACAGGAUCAGACAAGGAACCUGUUAGUGAAAACAAAGAACCAGUUGAACCUCUUAGCCCCCUUGUCAUGCCCUCUGACAUGAGUGAAGAAGUGCUUUCAGCGGGAGGCUCUUGGACUCCAAGCCUCGAAAUUACCAACUCCCAGCCACUGGAUGGUCAGGGAGACAAUCUUCUCCAUGUUGAUCCCCUUGAUUCUCCUCAAAGGUCUUAUGGUGGCCUCUCACCUCCCUGCUCAAACUGGGAGAGUGGACUAGAAGUAUCCUUAACUAUGGAUCAAGUAUUGUACCCUGUUUCAGAGACAGACAAGGAGGUAUCUGAUAACUCUAAGCAGCGGAGCCCAUUUCUUGCCAGCUCUGAAGAGGAAGAGAUUGAUGUUGGGGACUGGACAGUAGAGGGGAAGCCGGUACUCACAAAUAUUCCAUCUGUACGACCUGAUCCUUCCUCAGAAUCAGAUACAGAGGUAGAUAUACUAACAUAGUGGAGUGGGGAGGGCAGUUUGGGGCUCUGGGAGGGUGAAGAGUGUUGCCUAGCAAGUUUAUUAGCAGAGAAAACUAGUAUAUGCUCUCCCCUCUUAGGAAGAGGCAUUGUACCCCUAGCUUUUUAUAGAUUCCCCUCUUCCUUUUCCCAGGCCUUGGAAGCCAGGCAGAAGUCAAGUAGUACUAUUGGUGGAAAAUUAUGAAUGUGAGCUAUCUUAUUUUUUUGUAAUCUAUUUUCCAGAUAGCAAUAAGUGAAACAAUAAACAGUGUGGUCCCCAAUUCCAGUCUUAGGUAACAGCCAAGGCCAAGGUCUUUCAGGUCAUAGCAGUUGUGAGAAAGAAUGUCUGUGGUGGGGUUGUGUUGGAGAAAAUGUUCCAGAUGACACUGUCAAGCAGCAAUGGGCAGAGCACUAAGUGAAUGGAAGCAAUGGCACACUGUCCAGCGCCUAAAGGGUGAGGGUUGUUCUUAUUAAUUUACUAGUCUAAAAAGUAUAAAAUUCCACAGGGGCCAGAAAGAUAUACUUCUAGCAUUGUGUCUAAAAAGUGAACUGAAGAUACAGCUGGUUAAAAAAAAAAGUAUUUACUCAGAAACUAAGCAGAGUCAGGCCUGGUUAGUACUUGGAUGGGAGACCUGUGGGAAUACUAGGUGCUGUAGGCUUUAAAAAAGAAAGGAAAAGAAAGUAUUUACCUUGUUCUCUUAGUUUUACAAGUAUUUCGCAUGCUUUACCAGAAACCCUAGGUGUUCCAGGCCAGAUGACGACCUUGCAUGAUGACAAAUACAAGGACCACCAACUCCAAAAGGCUGGCUUUGUCCAUACCUUAAUAUAAGAUUAAGUUUUAUUUUAUUACUCAAAUACUUUUUUUCAACUUUUAUUAAAACAAACCAAAUCCAGUAACUUCCAAUGCCUUACUAAAGGGUUGCCUCACAACCAAACCAUUUCUGGAGGGGAAGAAACCUUGGCUUCAGGCACAUGACUGAAGUUUGGCCAUGUCCCAUCAUAAAUGUCCCUUCAACAUCACCAGGAAAAGCUGCAAAAAUGAGAAAGGAAAGAUUAUUAGGCAAGGCAUUCAGUCUAACAUAAAGAUCAAGGAAGUCACACCCAUUCCCCCCAUCUCACAAAUCCACUGGUUCACGGAUUGCACUCUUCCCCCAGAUACGGUCAAGGUCAAAUCCUGUGACUAGGAGUGACUUACUGUAGUAUGGUGUUAUUACAUGGCACUACUAACACUGAGAAUACACAAGAAACCCUCACCUCCCAAAAAGGAACAGUAUAGGGGUAAAUAUACAAAAGGAACAAAGAGUUUUGCCAGUAAGGGGGGAAAAACACUCAUAUGAAUGUAA